UGUCUUUAUUAUCAGUCUUAUCAUCUUCUUGCACCAUUAUUUUCUCUCUAUAAAUAUCCAUCUUCUUCUUUCUCAACACACCAAAAAUCUCACCUCCAAACGCUAUCAUGGCUUUCAAAACUAUGUCUCUCUUUCUGGGUCUUGUAUUGGUUAGCGUAGUAGCAAGUGAGGCAUCUGCUAGGGAUCUUUUCAUCAAUACUGAAACAAGGGUUGAGGCCAGCAAUGAUAAUCUAGUUGAUUGCUGGAAUGCUUUGUUGGAGAUCAAAACUUGCUCCAAUGAGAUUGUUCUGUUUUUCCUCAAUGGAACCACCGAUAUUGGCCCUGAAUGUUGUCGUUCUAUUGCUGUUAUUACUCGUAACUGCUGGCCUGCGAUGCUUACUUCUCUUGGCUUCACUGCUGAGGAAGGUAACAUCCUCAGAGGCUAUUGUGAUGCAGCAGCUGCUUCUUCUCCUCCUCCUGCUUCUCCUCCUCUUGCUGCUGGGUCUCCCUUGCAAUAUCAGCCGCAGCCCAAUUAG